CUCACCUUCUUCAUUUUUCUUCUGUAAAUCAAAUCUAAAACAAUUAAUACAAAAUCUUUUUUUUUCUAUGGCCGAAUCAUCCAGAAGUAAAACCGGCACCCAGCCAAGCCGGCUCCAGCGUCGCCGCCCGGCUUCUCUGCAAAUCAGUCCCGUCUCCACUUGGAACGUAGCGAUUCCACUCCUAUCACCACUUGCCUCGUCACCGACAUCGAUUGACGUGGCCGCUGAGAUUAAAUCACGGACGGAUUCACGGCAAGAGCAACGGACGGAAGGCGAAAAGCCGGUGUUCAAGAAGUGGCAGCAUCCGGCGGCUCCAUUCUGUUACGAAAAGACUCCGAUAAAGCCGUUCUUUUCUGUGCCUGUAUAGCCGGUAAAAUUAGGAUGGUCAAAAAAAGUAGAUGGUAGACGAAUCUAACGGUGUACGUGCGUGUUGGGUUUACUUUGUGAACAACAUGCACGGGACUUAACUCAUUGUAUAUGUAGUGUUUUUCUUUUUA